AAUCCAGAGAGGGGAGGGAGAACGCACUCGAAACCUCGCCCCUCUCACAGGAAGCUCGUGUCACUGUCGAGGAAAAAACAAAAUAAAAGCCACCUCACCUUUCUCACUCUGUCUCACACACACACACACACAGAGCCAGAGACACAUCGUUUCCAGGCGUGCUGAUGAAGUCGUGCCAGACGCUGAGGGAAGACGUGUCAGGUGCAGACAGGGGGAUGUCGCAGGAGGAAGGCCAGAGGUCACAACCUUCUCAGACCUAUUACCAUGGCCCCUCUGGAGACGCCGACCUAUCAGCGAAGCCAUACAAAUGUGAGGGCGGGGCCAAGCCCUACUCUGUCCUGGUGGACAACAAGAUAGCCAGCAAGUUGGAGAUGCAGACGGGACCUCCUAACCCCGCCCCUCAGCAGCAGUGCUACAGAGAGGGAGGUGAUGGCGGGGGAGAGGGAGGCGCACGGAGCGGGAACGGGGGCACGUCGGAGGACUCCGAGGAGGCAGCAGAGGAGGAGGAGUUUAAAAGGGAGCAGAUCAUUGUGGAGGUCAAUCUGAACAAUCAAACCCUGAAUGUGUCCAAAGGCGACAAAAAUGCCGGCCCGAACGAGGAGAAGACCGGCAGCGAGGAAGAGGAAGAUGACGAGGAAGAGGAGGAGGGUGAGGAAGAGGAGGAGAGCGUCGAAGAAGAGCCCGAAGAGGACGAGGAAGACGACGAUGACGAUGAUGAAGAGGAGGAAGAAGAGGAGGAGAAUGACACCCGGAGGACGAGGGCGAAGAGAUCGCGAAGGGGCGGAGUCUGUGCCCAGCCUCAACGGAGGAGCCGCCGGGCUACCGCGGCAACCGCCAAAAUCGCCACGACAACGGGCAUGACGACCAGGGGGCGGAGAAAGGCCGCGGAGCCUCCGUCCGCCAAGCGCCGGGCGGUCCGCGACGUCAGAGGCUCCGCCUCCUCUUCUGCGGCCGCGGCGACGGGCACGGGAGGCGGGGCCAAGGGCGAAGCGGAGGAGAGGGAGACGCUGGCGUGUGAGAAAUGCCCACGCGUGUUCAACACCCGCUGGUACCUGGAGAAACACAUGAACGUCACACACAGACGGAUGCAGAUCUGCGAUAAGUGUGGCAAGAAGUUUGUGCUGGAGAGUGAACUGGCCCUGCACCAGCAAACCGACUGCGAGAAAAACAUCCAGUGUGUGUCCUGCAGUAAGUCCUUUAAGAAGCUCUGGUCUCUUCAUGAACACAUAAAGAUUGUCCACGGUUACGCUGAGAAAAAGUUUGCCUGUGAGAUCUGUGAGAAGAAGUUUUACACCAUGGCUCACGUCCGCAAACACAUGGUCGCUCACACUAAGGACAUGCCGUUUACAUGUGAGACGUGUGGGAAGUCGUUUAAACGCAGUAUGUCCUUAAAGGUGCACUCACUCCAGCACUCAGGAGAGAAACCCUUCCGCUGUGAGAACUGUGACGAGAGGUUCCAGUAUAAGUACCAGCUGCGCUCUCACAUGAGCAUCCACAUCGGACACAAACAGUUCAUGUGCCAGUGGUGUGGCAAAGACUUCAACAUGAAACAGUACUUUGACGAACACAUGAAAACACACACAGGUGAAAAGCCAUUUAUCUGCGAGAUCUGCGGGAAGAGUUUCACCAGUCGGCCGAACAUGAAGCGGCAUCGACGCACACACACCGGGGAGAAGCCGUAUCCCUGUGAGGUCUGCGGGCAGCGCUUCCGAUUCUCCAACAUGCUCAAGGCGCACCGCGAGAAGUGCUUCCGGGUCAACAGCCCCGUGACCCUACAGCCUCCUGCUACGAGUCUGCACCUCGCGAGCCACACCCCUUCCUCAUCAGGCCACACCCCCGUCCCGCCUCAAGCUGCCCAGGCUGUGCCCGCGGCGACGCCCGCGCCGGGCGGCAUGAUAGGCUCCGUGUCAGGCCCGGUUACGCAGAGGGGCGUGGUCGGGCACGCCUUCUCUCAUUUGCACAUGCAGACCACUCCCACCCAGCACCACCCGCAUCCUCACGCCCCCGUUCAUCACGCCGGACACGCCCCUCAGCAUCUCUCAGUCCCGCCCUCUCUUCUGCCCCCGCCUCCCGCCCUUUUUAAGAGCGAACCAAUCAACCACUGUGCUCACGAGGACACGUACCUGAGACAAGGACCUGCCCAGCAGCACCACUGAAACACACACACACGCACACACACACACACACAUGCACAUACACACACACACGCUCACACACACACGCAUGGACAAGCAUGUCCAUAUUGAUGGGAUGAUCUCAUUCAUUAAAUGUCUCGCUUAGUUUCACAUGCACAGAUAAUCCAAAAUAGAGUGUGUGUGAGUGUGUG